GAGAGGCCAACUGUGUGGCUGGGCUACUGGCUGGAGGUAUAGUCUGUGUUCCUUUCGAAAUUUCUAAAAACUUCGCUAUUCUUUAGCAAAAGCUUUUGUAGGUUGCCCUGUACUCAACACAAGGAACAGAAGAAAUUACAAGUAACAAACUGCGGAUCUGACAAGCCACAAGAGAAUCGCACAGACAACAGGGAUACGUGAGACCCGGGAGACAAAGUGACUGGAGAGGAAAGUAUUAUAAGGUCAGAAAUCAAGGGUUACCAAAAUAAGAUGAACAUGGUGUCGUGUCUGCUGGGGCUGCUGCUUGUCGUCUCAGUCUCAGUAAAAGAUGCUAAAAGUGAAAUUAGAGUGCCACCAACAAUACUAAGCCCAAGGGAAGGUCAGACAUUGAUCUAUAAACAAAACGAAAAGGUCACAGUGUACUGCAAUGCUACUGGGACUCCCAAGCCUAAAUAUAAGUGGAAGUGGAAUGGGGCAGAAAUCAACUCUCAGUACAUCAAAUAUAGUGAAACGGAUGGACUCCUUCUCAUUCCAUCUCUGUCAGAGAUGAAGGACUAUUUGUGUGUCUCUCCACAAGCACAUUUUCUAAUGGAGAGAAAGCUGUGGCACUGUCUCCACUAGUAGAAAUUCGAGUUGCUGGUGUGGGCGACUUUAUAAAAAGACCUACAGAACAUUACAAUGUGAAAGAGGGAAUGUACAUAAAGCUUCCUUGCGACAAAGAGCUUCCAGCUUACUAUGGUGCAACUACCUUUCGAUGGUACAAAACAUACGAUCAGAUAAAUACUGAAAUCUUAAUGGAUGCACGGAAAUUCAUCGACCAGGAAGGUUCGCUACACUUUUCUUAUGCACAGACUGAUGAUCUGUCUAAACUUGAUGAGAAAUACAAGUGCGCCUUGUCUAAUGUUGAUGAUUCGGUAAUCAAACUAGGAAAUGAGAACAGCCUUGGCAGCUCAAUUCCAGAUUCCUCCCCGAAAGUUCAAUACACUACGAGUGGGAAACUUCUCACUGUUGAAGUUGGUAAAAAUGCCACACUUGAGUGUGUUUUCAGUGGAUAUGAAGCAGGUGGCAGCAAUAACAAGACGGUGCCUGUCAUCACUUGGCUUGAUCAGCACCAACAGCCCAUUGGAGAUGGAGGUCGUUACCAGAUUACCCAUGAAGGCCGUUCUCUUAUUAUCAUGAAUGUCACAGAAGAAGACGAGAAAACUUACCAUUGCCAAGGGACAAAUUCACUGGGCUCUGCCAUAGGGACUUUGACACUAAAUGUCACAUCCCGUCCCAUUUGGGUGCAACGUGUCCCUUCUGUAACAUUAACAGAAGGGAAAGAUGCAGUGCUCACAUGUGUCACUAGGUCUGCAUCCAAUGAAGAUAAGCCUAAUGCUCCCAUUUGGUUCAGAAAUGGAGACUCAAUGACUUCAACUUAUGAUCCAAGUAAAUACGUGUUGAAUCCUGACAAAACUAUUUUGACGAUAAAGCAUGUGAAAAAAGACCGAGAUAUUGCAUGCUACCAGUGCAAGGUGGCUAACAGUGUUGGCAUGGUUCAAGAUGAUGGCUGUGUCAAUGUUGUUGUUCCCAUUAGCAUUGGUUUUAAGCCAGAUGAGAUACAACGGGUCAAGAAAGAAGAUGUGGUGGAUCUGACUGUUGUGGCUACCACUGACCCUCUAUAUGAGAGUGAGAUGCGCUACUACUGGAUCUUCAAAAACGUUUUAUACGAAGGUUCCAAUGCCCCACCUAAUGUAACCUAUGAUGCAGUCAGCAAGAGGGCCUACAUCAACACCUCAGUCCUGACUGAUGAAGAAUUAACAAAAAUUGAGGGCAUCUACCGCAGAGUUAUUACCACACCUGUUGAAACCAAACAUGUUGAUGUGGAAGUGGUAUUAGAAGUUAUAGAAACAAAACCAGUGGUAAACGAAGCAGGAUUUGAUUUUUGGCUGAUUAUACUUGCUGUUGGCAUCUUCAUAAUUGUGAUCAUUCUGAUUGUCACCAUCUACAUAUGCCGUCGCAAGCAGCAGGAAAGAACUUACCCAGGUUCAGCCCCUCUGGUGCACGGAGAAUUUUAAAACGGCUGUUUUCUUCAGAGUUGGCUCAAAAAUGCAAUUUCAGUGGAAUCAAAGGGAAACAAGUUUCCAGUCACUUCAGCUGAAAAGUAUACUAGUAGGUGUAUAGUUUUUCUUGGUUUUGAUUUCUUUGAGGUGUACGU